CCAUGACGCCGCAUGGGUGACAGGAAAAGCAGCGCGCGCGGCGGUGUGGUGAUCCGGCAGCCUCCUGCAGCAUGGACAGCGAUGAUGAGAACAUAGAGGAGGCCGUGGAAGGUCCAUUGGAUGACGAUGAUCAGCCGCAUGGGUUUUGCACAAUAACCUACUCCUCCAGUGAUCGGUUUGAAGGACACUUCACUCAUGGAGAGAAGAACGGCAAGGGCAAGUUCUUCUUCUUUGAUGGAAGCACCCUGGAGGGUUUCUAUGUAGACGAUGCUCUGCAGGGCCAGGGGACGUACACAUAUGAAGAUGGCGGUGUCCUCCAUGGGACGUAUGUGGAUGGCGAACUCAGCGGGCCCGCUCAGGAGUUCGAUGGAGAGGGUUGCCUGGUGUUCAAGGGCCAGUACAAAGACAACAACCGCUGUGGGGAAUGCUGGGUCUACUACCCUGAUGGAGGCUGUGUGUUUGGGGAGGUGAAUGAGGACGGGGAGAUGACUGGUGACGGUGUAGCGUACAUCUACCCCGACAGACAGACGGCUCUCUACGGAAGCUUUGUGGACGGGGAGCUAAUCGAGGCUCGCCUCGCUACCCUGAUCUCCAGCGAGAGUGGGAGACCACGCUUUGAAAUCACACCCAACAGUCCUGUGUACUCAUACGACAAGUCCACAUCCACCUGUAUGGCCACCCACACUCUGCUUCCUGACCCUUAUGAGAGCCAAAAGGUGUUUGUGGCAGACUCUUUAAUCAAAGGAGCAGGACAGGGUCUGUUCGCCAAGACAGACGCUGAGGCUGACACUGUGAUGGCUUUUUACAAUGGAGUGCGCAUCACACACUCUGAGGUGGACAGCAGAGACUGGGCGCUGAAUGGGAACACGAUCUCAUUGGACGAGGAUACUGUGAUUGACGUCCCUCAGCCAUUCGACCAGAUGGAGAGAUACUGUGCCACUCUGGGUCACAAGGCGAACCACUCCUUCACCCCCAACUGCAAAUAUGACCCGUUUGUCCACCCUCGUUUUGGGCCCAUCAAGUGCAUCCGAACCUUGAGGCCUGUGCAGAAAGAUGAGGAGCUGAUGGUUGCUUAUGGUUACGAUCACAAGCCAACGGGGAAGAACGGCCCCGAGGCCCCUGAUUGGUAUAAGCAGGAGCUAAAAGAGUUCCAGCAGAGACAAGCGGCAUCUGGACAAUAGAACAGUCCCCUUUACCUGAGCUACCACCCUCCAAGAUUCCUGCAGCAUUAUGACACCUGAUGUCCUUUGCAGCUGCAACCCACACUGUAGAUAUUUGAGUUAUUGUGCUUCAUAUGGUAUUCAAAUGGAAUACUGCUUGAGCAAGUUAGUGCGAAUGAAGGCCUUGGACAUCCAAGGCCAAAGCAACAAAAGAACUAUGCAAGAAACCAAACGAUAUUAGAGGAGACCCGUCUCUGGCCGGAGGUGCUGUUCUGUCUGAUUCCACCACUGUCCUCUUCAUCACAUGUUACUCAUAUGGAAAUCAAGAUUUACAUGCUCAUGGUGCUUAUAAAUUUAGGAUAUGAUGAAAAACUGUUACACUUUUCUCAGUUUUGACUCUUCACUUCACUGUAUGUCAGUUGUUUUCCACUCAACAGGGCUUUCCUCGAGGUGUUGAGUUUAACAGCACUCUUUUACCACACAGUAUUUAUCUGAUCUGUUUCAACUGUGGAGCUCACAGACGCAUCAUUGGAACUAAUUCAGCUGGCCCACUCCAUACAUUUUAAGAGUGUAACUUUAUAGGCCUACUCACUUAGCAUACAGUAUAUAUAACAGUGACUAAUUUAUUUAUAACAUGUGAAAGACCUGUAUUACCUGUAGUAUACCUGAGCUUCGUAGAGGUGAUUUGUAAUGUAAGCACUCUGGGAGAAAAUCAUGGACAGGAAAGACCUACAUACAGUGAGCUUGUUUGAAUUUUCUAACCUAAUUAUCUGUAUUCAUACCCUACAAAAUAAAGUCCAACAUAAA